AUGGCCAAGCAUGGAGCGCUGGAAGAAUGGGCAACAUGGCUAUUCUCGCCCACAUGGUCAGCAAUGCUUUUCGCAGUCGUGGUGGCCAUUGCACUCCCACUCAUAUUCCACUGGGCCUUGUACAGGAAGACGGCAGCAAAAGAGCUUGCAAGCUUCUUGCUUGUUGGACCGAGCGGAUCUGGCAAGACCAGCCUGUUCACUUUGCUUGCAAACGGCAGUACAGCCACAACUCACACCUCCCAAGAACCUCAAGAUGCCAUCUGUCAACUGCCUUCGAAGAUCCGCUCGUCAGAGGACAAGUAUCGCUCUGAAAACGAUAACGCUCCUCGAUCGCAACCCAAGUUCCAGCUUGUAGACACUCCAGGGCAUGGAAAGCUAAGACAUCAUGCGCUGUCCUCUGUGACCGCGAGUAGUGCACUGAAGGGGCUUUUGUUCGUGGUGGAUAGCGCGGCUAUAAGCUCGGCGGCGGGGCUGGCAGAAGCUGCAGAAUUCUUGCAUGAUAUCCUCCUCGUCUUGCAGAAACGUCAUACCCAGAGUCGGAGCUCAAAGGGCCCAGAAUCAAUGCCUGUGCUGGUCGCAGCGAACAAGCAAGAUGUCUUCACUUCGCUGCCUACGGCGAUGGUGAAGACGAAGUUGGAGGAGGAGAUCGCGAAAGUUAGACAGAGCAAGAGUAAAGGCGUUAUAGACAGUGGCAUUGAUGUGGAUGACAACCCUGUUGGAGACGAUGAGCAGAAUUGGCUUGGAGAAUUUGGAGCCGGCGACUUCAGGUUUUCGCAAAUGGAAGAGCAUGGGAUUGAUGUCAAGGUCAUGGGUGGUAACGUGAAAGGCGAGGGAGACCAGGCUGGACAUAUUGAUGGCUGGUGGGUCUGGAUCGGUGAGAAUAUCUAG